AUGACCAGCUGCAUCUUCCUCGCUGUCCUCACCUUCUUCAUCUUCCUCUCGAGUUUGCAUAAGCGCGUUGAGAGCCAGCCCCUGCUCUGCAACACGGAGGACUGCCGUGCGCAUGCCUCACUGCUCACUAAGCGUCUCAACUGGACGCUGGACCCCUGCGAUGACUUUGAUGCGUUCGUUUGCUCGGCGGCGCGCUCAUCCUCUGACCGCGAGAUGUUCAACGGAGUCAUGGACGAACUGCGGCUCUCAUGGUUCCAGGGACUCCGGGACAUUCUAAUCAGGGGUACGCGCCAUAUUCCCGUCGGGAUAAAGGCGCUCGCAAUGCACAGCAGAUGCCUGGACAAGUACCCGUCGGACCAGCCUGCCUUGUCGCUUUUCCUCUACUUUAUCAGGACACAAGGGUUGGACUGGCCUACACUGACGCGAGUAUUAGAACCACCACUACGAUUCGCCCUCAAGCUUGCCUAUUCGUGGCAAUCCCCAUUUUGGAUGUCGGUGAGUGUGCUAGAGGCCCCGGAUCAAUCUUCGUCAGUUGCAAGGCUGAGGUUCCAGAUCCGGCCGAGCAUGCUCGUUCCUACACUGCUCCACCAUCACCGGAUAGCGAGACGCGCUUACUUUAGGUACUGGGACCUGUUUCUUUAUGAUCUGUAUCCGGACAGCAGUACGAGACCCAAAAUCAACAAAAUUUAUGUCGAGGAGAUCCGCAUCAUUGAGGAGAAAAUACUCGAAACCUUGAACUCGUUGCUAAACUCAGGCUCACCGAAGCCGGCGGUGUUUUCCUUCGGUAAUAUCUCGGCCUACGUUCCAAACGCCACCGCUCUUGAAUGGCUUCAGAGCUUCCAGGGAUCCAUCCCGCUGACACGACAGCUAAGCUACGAUGAUGAGAUCGUCGUCAGCGACGUCCGCCUCCUGCAAACGGUCAGCGAGCUUAUCCAAAAGUACGACAUGGAGCAGCUGAACAUGCAUCUGACUUGGCUACUUGUGCAGUACUACGCUCCCGUGGCCGAUUAUCGCAUUCUCGUCGACCACUACGGCACGAACCAGAAAGCAGCGGCUUACUUGCCAGUGUUCUGCGGCCAACAGGUAGAAGCAUCGUACAAAAUUCUUCUUGCUGCGCUCGACUUCGUCCACCGGUUCAAUGCGCGGGACAUCAAGACCGUCAAUGACGGCUUCGACGACGUGGUUUCAACGGCUGUCGAAAAGGUCAACGCUUCAGAAUGGUUGGACGAUGAGAGUAAGGCACGAUUAACCGAGAAGAUCAUCGCUGUGAGGAAAUCAUUGUGGCCUCCGAACGCCGUUGUGGACGCCGACCUGUUGGAGAAGCUGUACGGUGAGUUCACCGAAAAUACUACGAGUUUCGCCGCCCUGUGGAUAGAAACGAGAACGAGUGCAAGCGAAAUUAUGAUGACUGGUCAAUACGAGGAAGUGAUGAGGCUACCUUGGAACAGUCUUCCAGGCUAUGUUGUCUACGAUUACAUCUCGAAUACCAUGGAAAUGGCAACGGCCACCAUCGCAGCACCCCUGUACUAUCCGAAUGGGGCGAAGGCUAUGUUGUACGGUGGUCUCCUGUUCCUCAUGGCAACUCACUUGGUCCGUGCAUUCGACAGAGAAGGCAUAAGGUGGACGCCACACGGAUCCGAGGUCGGCAGCAUCCUGUCCAAUGCAACCCUGCUUCAAUAUCAAUACAGGGAUCGAUGCUUCUAUGGCACUGAAGAGUACAGCCUGUUCCCGGGAGUGACUGCUUUUGAGAUAGCAUACACCGCCAUGAAGCAUUCGCACGUUCGAGACAAUAGCCUGCCGCUGGCACUGCGGGAUGACCUCUCGGAAGACAAGGUCUUCUUUAUGACGUUGUGUUAUAUUUCUUGCAGCAUUUCUGGUGACCAGCACUCCCGUAAUUUCGACUGUAACAAGGUGGCGAGGAAUUCCAAAGCUUUUGCUGAAGCUUUUCACUGCUCUACAGGAUCUAAGAUGAACCCCCACAAGAAAUGCCAGUUUUUCGUCGGAUAGAGACUUGAAUGUACGCAGGUGCUAAAGUUACGAGAGGAUACACAUUUUGUGGAUGAAACCACCUUCUUUCGGACCUAAGAGUGAAACGGUAUUGUCGUUUUUGGUAGAUUUACGCCUACCUUUUUUUUUUCUUGUGAUUUCAGCUCUCUGUGAUGAUUUGAACUGGCUCUUUUAGUGGCGCCAUUAGUGGAGACAUCGUGCUGCUAGAGCCGGUAAAACGUGCAGAAGACAAGAGGGACUUCUCAUGUGGCAGGUUUCUUUUAUCUUUAUUCGGUCAUGCAUUUUGCUGUGUGAGCUGUGGGCGUUGCUAAUGGUCAGUGCAGUUGGGCAAGUUUAAUUGAACUACUGAACUUUGCGAAAUCAGAACUGCAUCCAUACAGACAUUGCUGAAUGACAAGCACACUAUCGGGGUUUUUGCUAAAGGGUAUAUACCUAACCUGAAAUCUGUAGGUGUGCAAACAUGAUGGAGACCAUGAAGCACGGAUUGUUUUUAGCAGUGCGCAAAGCGAAAGAUUGUCGCAUGCUUGUCGCAGUGUCGCACUGUCGAACUGUCGCAUGCUUGCGUUUUUUGAAACAGUAUCUAUGGCGAAGUAUGUGCUCCUCGAAUUAUUUCAAUGGUCAUCAUCGCCGCACACAAGCACGUCGGGAGCUACUCUUCAUUAUGUGCCAUUUCUAGCCGUAAUGUUCGACUCGCUGAGAUGGCGAGCAGUAAAAACCUUUCGUCUUAGGAUGCCUGUUGCAGUGACUUGUGCCUUAUUCGAACAGACUGGUAUACUAUUGCUUUAAUUCUUGCCUACCUGGAGUGAAUUGUGUUUUUCGCAGUGCAUCAUUUUUGUUUCCGUUCCCUUCUUUGUCCUCGUCUGUUCUUUGUUUUUAUUGCUUAUUGUGCAGGGUAGCAAAUCGAAGAUUUUGAACUCUGCUUAACCUCCCUGCCUUUGUCUCAUUGGCAUCUCACUCUCUCUCUAUUGCUUGGUAGUGAAAUGUUCAGGCCGCAUCAAAUGUUCCUUAAACACUUUGCGCUAUAUGUUCUCUGCGCUGUGUGUGAUAAAAUGGCUCUUUUUCUGAAUAUUGCUCUGCUUUUGG